AUGUCAAAACCAACGCUCAUCUUCGCCCCAGGAGCCUGGUAUCCAUCUUCAGCCUUCGACCCACUCAUCGCGAAAUUGGCCCCACACGGCUACACUUGCCAAACAGUCUCUUUUCCCUCAAUCCAACAAGCAACAGAAGUCAAAGACCUAACGGCCGAUAUCAUCGCCGUACGCGCACUAGUCGAACCAGCCGUGAACGCCGGUGAAGAUGUGAUCAUCAUCUCGCACAGCUGGUCAGGCCUACCCGUAAACAGCGCGCUUGAGGGACUAAACCGAGCAGAGAGGCAAAAGGAGGGCAGAGAGGGAGGCGUGACGAAGCUGAUUUUCAUCUCAGCCUUCUUGCCGGAGAUCGGUGAGAGCUUAAUUGGGGCUUUUGGGGGUGUGCCGCCGGAGUGGUAUGUUAUGAAUGUUGAGAAUGGUACCGUGACGGCAAAUGAUCCAUUCACACUCUUCUUUCAUGAUGUCCCAGAUGGACAGGACUGGGCGACAACACUGCGCCCGCAUGCGUGGGCCACGAAGAACUCGCCCGCGACUGGGACUGCUUAUGUGGAUAUUCCUUCCGCAUAUCUUCUGUGUGAAGAUGAUCGGGCGAUUCCGUUGUUUGUGCAGGAAUUGAUGGUUGAGAAGGCAAGAGGGAAGGGAGCCAGCUUUGAGACGGAGAAGAUUGCGACAGCUCAUACUCCUUGGUUGGUUUUUCCUGAUCGAGUUGCUGAGUAUAUUAGGAGGCAUGCUGGGGAGGACGUGUAG